AUGGAUCGCAUGAGCUUCAUCCCAGGGCCCAAAGCCAAGGCCGAAAUCCACGAGGCCGAGGGCCGCAUCUUCUUCAACCGUGCGGCGGCGCUCGACUACGCUGAUGAGUUCAUUUGGCCCGGCGGCGGCGGAGGUGGCGGUGACCUCGCGCCUGGCAGCAGCAGCAGCAGCAGCAGCCCGCACGCGCCGCUGCUCUACCAGCUCGUCUGCGCGUGCUUGAGUGAGGGUGAUCUGGUGGAUGUGUGGUUUGGACUGCGUGGGCCCGACGCGGCGACCGGCGAGCACGCGCGGCCCGACGGGGAAGACCUCGGGCACACGUGGGCGGUGCUGACACGAGCGGCGGACGGUCAGACGCAAACGCUGUGGGAGGUGGGCCGCGACACGCCGUCCCCGGGGGAGGCCUACGCGCGGCGGGCGUUUGACGGCUUCCGCCAAGCGCUGGCCGAGUAUCAAGGGACGACGACGGCGGCGGAGGCGGCUCUGGUAGCAGAGAAGGUUGUGGAAGAAGACAAGGUGUGGCCGACAAUGUUCCGGGAGAAGCCGGUGGCGUCGCGCGCGCUCGCACCGGCGAACCUGUAUCGGGCGAGCGCGCGAAUGUGGUACUUUGUGGACUUUGCGCCGCCAGACCGCUUGUUGGAGGAAGCGCCAGCGCUGUCACGGCCGGUGCGGGCGUUUGACGCGCUCAUCCUAUCGACACUGGUAACGCUGGCGUACGGCGCGCCGCCCCUCGUGUUUGGUGUGCGGUACCGGCUGGAGAAUAUCGGGCGGGUGCCAGCGGCAUACCUGAGGACGCGGUAUGAGGCGGAUGAGGGACUGAGAGAGCUGACGGAGGAAGAGAUUUUGCUUGUCAUGUGA